CUUCAUUCCUUCUUCCCUUCCAAAUUCCAAUCCUCGUUCCUGUCUCCGUCGCCAUCUGCAAUCUGCCAUUCAAUCGGCGGAGAGGAAGCUUUAGAUCCAAGGAAACGCGGCCCCCUAUCUAAUCGGAUUGAUAGUCUUGUAAUCCAUUCCCAAUUCUGACUUCCUCGUUAGCUUACAAGCGAAGAUAGAAGGUGGAACGGAUAAAAUGGCGUCGUCUCAGCAGUUCAUGGACGUAGGCGGGCCGCGAUACGUCCAAAUGCAGUCGGAGUCCCCGCACCAUCCGCCGCUGGCGCAGGCUGCGCCGGCGUUGUCGUCCUCGUUCUUCUCGUUCCAAGGUCCCGUCCCCGAGCAGUCGCGGAUUUUCGAAGAGUUGCCGUGGGCCAUCAUCGUUCAGGUCUCCCGGCCUGAUGCCGGAGAUAUUAGCCCCGUCCUCCUGUCUUACACCCUCGAGAUUCAAUACAAACAGUUUAAGUGGCAACUGGUGAAGACGGGUGCGCAAUUUUUAUUUUUACACUUUGCGUUGAAGAAACGAGCAUUCUUUGAGGAACUUCAGGGGAAGCAGGAACAGGUUAAAGACUGGCUUCAAAAUCUAGGAAUGGGGGAGAAUACACAAGUGAUGGAUGGCGAUGAUGAUGAUGAGGCAAUCCCGGUACAGCAUCAGGAUGAAAGUUCUAAGAACAGGUGGGUUUUCUGUUCAGAGAUGUUCCGUCGAGUGCUGCAUUGAAUGUGUUUCGUCCACCGUCCUUGGGAAGGCAGCAGUCCAUGUCGGAUAGAGCAAAGGUAUCAAUGCAACAGUAUCUCAACCAUUUUCUGGGGAAUAUGGAUAUUGCCAACUCUCGAGAGGUUUGUAAGUUUUUGGAGGUUUCUAAGCUAUCAUUUUGCCCUGAAUAUGGACCUAAGCUUAAAGAAGAUUAUAUUAUGGUGAAGCAUCUGCCAAAAAUCCCAACAAAUGAGGACAACAGGAAAUGUUGUUCCUGCAGCUGGUUUAGCUGCUGCAAUGAUAACUGGCAGAAGGUGUGGGCUGUCCUAAAGCCUGGAUUCUUGGCCCUGCUUGCUGAUCCUUUUGAUGCCAAACCCUUGGAUAUAAUUGUUUUCGAUGUACUACCAGCCUCUGAUGGAAAUGGCGAUGGCCGAGUGUCACUUGCAACAGAAACAAAGGAACGCAAUCCUUUACGACAUACAUUUAAGGUCACAAGUGGCAACCGGAGCAUAAGGUUGAGAGUCAGAACUGGUGCAAGAAUUAAGGAUUGGGUUGCUGCAAUCAAUGAUGCCGGACUUAGGCCUCCUGAGGGCUGGUGUCAUCCUCAUCGUUUUGGAUCGUUUGCUCCUCCCAGAGGGUUAUCUGAUGAUGGUAGUCAGGCUCAAUGGUUUAUAGAUGGAAGGGCAGCUUUUGAUGCUAUCGCUUCAGCAAUCGAGGAUGCUAAAUCUGAAAUAUUUAUUUGUGGCUGGUGGCUUUGCCCUGAACUCUACCUACGACGACCAUUUCAAGAGCAUGCGUCUGCUAGGCUUGAUGCUUUGCUGGAUGCUAAAGCUAAGCAGGGUGUUCAGAUUUACAUUCUUCUAUACAAAGAGGUUGCUCUUGCUCUUAAAAUCAACAGUGUUUAUAGCAAGAAAAAACUUCUUAGCAUUCACGAGAAUGUACGUGUGCUGCGCUAUCCUGACCACUUUUCUUGUGGAGUGUAUCUUUGGUCACACCAUGAAAAGCUUGUCAUUAUUGAUCACCACAUUUGUUUUAUCGGAGGGCUGGACUUGUGCUUCGGUCGUUAUGACACAAGUGAACACAAAGUCGGUGACUGCCCUCCUGUCAUGUGGCCUGGAAAAGAUUAUUAUAACCCAAGGGAAUCCGAACCAAAUUCCUGGGAAGAUACAAUGAAAGACGAACUUGAUCGUACAAAGUAUCCUAGAAUGCCUUGGCAUGAUGUCCACUGUGCUUUAUGGGGCCCAGCUUGUCGUGAUAUAGCUAGGCACUUUGUUCAGCGUUGGAACCAUGCAAAGAGAAACAAAGCUCCAUAUGAGGAAGCAAUCCCACUGCUUAUGCCUCAACAGCACAUGGUUAUCCCUCAUUAUAUGGGGAACACGUCUCCCAUGGAGGUCACAAACAGACUUGCGGAUGAUAAUGGUAAAAUCCGGAGGCAAGAAUCUCUUUCAGCUAGGUCGUCUUUCCAAGAUAUCCCAUUGCUUUUACCUCAAGAACCAGAGGAACUCGAUGGUUCUAGUGUUGGUGGCCCCAAGUCUAAUGGAGCGGAAGCAGCAGCUCUUAGAGCCUCCAAUUCAUUACGGAAAGCAAAAGUAGCACCAUUAGCUCCAGAAAUGCCUAUGAAAAGCUUUGUGGGUGACCACGACCCUUCAGAUGUGAAAAAUUCUCCAGAUUUAUGGACACAACCUGUUGGUAUUAGAUCUUCUGAUUUGGAGUGGUGGGAAACUCAAGAGAGAGGUGAUCAGAUUGGUAGUGAUGAUGAAACAGGGGAGGUUGGCCCACGUGCAUCUUGCCAUUGUCAGGUUCUGAGGAGUGUAAGUCAGUGGUCUGCUGGAACAAGCCAAACUGAAGACAGCAUUCACAAUGCCUACUGUUCUCUUAUUGAGAAAGCAGAACACUUGGUGUAUAUUGAGAAUCAAUUUUUCAUAUCAGGUCUUUCAGGAGAUGAUGUCAUAAAGAACCGGGUGCUAGAGUCCUUAUAUCGGCGAAUAAUGCGAGCAUACAUUGAAAAGAAGUGUUUCCGUGUCAUCAUUAUCAUACCACUCAUCCCAGGUUUUCAGGGUGGUCUGGAUGAUGCUGGUGCUGCAUCGGUGAGAGCCAUAAUGCAUUGGCAGCAUCGAACCAUCUGCAAAGGACAGCAUUCCGUGUUGCAUAAUCUUUAUGAGCUUCUCGGUCCUAGAACACAAGAUUACAUUUCCUUCUAUGGUCUUCGAGCCCAUGGUCGACUUUCGGAUGGCGGUCCAGUAGCCACAAGUCAGGUGUAUGUCCAUAGUAAAAUCAUGAUCAUUGAUGAUCGCACAACUCUCAUUGGAUCAGCUAAUAUCAACGAUAGAAGUCUUCUCGGUUCACGAGAUUCUGAG